CCUUGUAGUGCUAUAAGCAAGAGAGGCAAAGAACCCCACCUCUCUCUCUCUCUCUGUGUCAAAUAUUGGAAAAACUGUAUUCAGCAAAAGGAGGAAAUUGUUAGCUGUUAUAAAGCAGCGGUGCAUAUGGAAACCUCCUUUCACUGGUUGUGCCUUCUUACAUUUUCCUAUGUGUUACUAUUGUUUGCACAAAAGGCGUUCAUUCAUCUCUGGUGGACACCAAAAAGAAUUCAAAAACACUUCAAGAAUCAAGGAAUCACAGGUCCCAAAUACCAUUUUUUGUUCGGUAACCUCAAAGAGAUUGCAAGUUUCACUACUUCAUCUUGGCCUUCGUCUUUUAUCUCCCAUGACAUUCUUCCUAGAGUUCUUCCCUUUUACCAUCAUUGGAAGAAAAUCUAUGGUUCAACAUUUGUUAUAUGGUUUGGACCAACGGCUCGUGUCACCAUAUCUGAUCCAGCUCUCAUUAGGGAUAUAUUCGUCCUGAAAUCAGACAACUUUGAGAAAAAUGAGUCACCAGCGCUUGUGAAGAAGCUCGAAGGUGAUGGUUUGCUUAGUCUCAAAGGAGAAAAAUGGGCUCACCAUCGGAAGAUUAUUACACCCACAUUUUACAUAGAAAAUCUCAAGUUAAUGAUUCCCAUGAUGGGGAAGCGGAUGACGGAGAUGUUGGACAAAUGGUCAAAAAUGUCAAACACCAGUGGAAAAGUGGAAAUCGAAGUAUCAGAAAUGUUCUCCACAUUGGCAGAAGAUGUCAUUACGCGUAUUGUGUUUGGAAACAGCUACGAAGAUGGAAGAGCCAUCUUCGAAUUACAAGCACAACAAAUGGUUUACGCCACUGAAGCAUAUCAGAAAGUUUUCAUCCCUGGAUACAGGUUCUUGCCUACUAAAAAGAAUAGAAUUUCUUGGAGAUUGGAUAAAGAGGUACGAAAAUCUUUGAUGAAACUGAUUGAAGAAAGAAGAAAAAUAUCGACUCAUCAGUUGUUGUCAGACGAAUGUCCGAAUGAUUUAUUGGAAGUAAUGAUCAAAGCUACAACAAGUCAUGAAUAUAGAAAUAGUUCAAACAUCACAGUUAAUGACAUUGUCGAGGAAUGCAAGACCAUCUUCUUUGCCGGCAAACAUACGACGUCGAAUUUGCUGACGUGGACGACAAUCCUAUUGGCCAUGCAUCCUCAGUGGCAGGAACUAGCACGUGAGGAGGUUUUGCGUGUCUGUGGAGCACGUGAUAUCCCCUCUAAAGACGAUCUUGCUAAGCUUAAGACGCUCGGAAUGAUAAUUAACGAAUCCGUCCGGCUAUAUCCACCUGCAGUGGCAGCAAUUAGACGUGCCAAAAUUGACACACAACUAGGGGAUUUCACAUUACCCCAAGGGACAGAGCUCCUAAUACCAAUUAUAGCAAUUCAUCACGAUCCAGUACUAUGGGGACAAGACGCUAACGAAUUUAAUCCCGCAAGAUUUAGUCGAGGUGUGGCACAUGCAGCAAAACACCCCAUGGCGUUUAUGCCAUUUGGCCUUGGUGCUCGACGAUGCGUCGGCCAAAAUUUAGCAGUGCUACAAGCUAAAUUAGCAAUAGCUAUGAUCUUGCAGCGGUUUGCCUUUGAUCUUUCUCCAAGUUACCAACAUGCUCCUACUAUUUUGAUGCUCUUAUGUCCACAACAUGGUGCUCCAAUUAUCUUCCAAAAGUUGUAGUUGACAUCCUUGCAUACAUAAUCUAGUAUAUGUGCAUGCUUGUACAAAGCAAAAUUUUCCAGAUCAAAGUAAAUGUUCUGUGUGUACAAUCCAAUCCCUUCUCUUCCUUUUCCAACUCUAGUAAAUU